AUGGUGUGGGGCUUCCUUGGGCUGGUGGCGGUGCUGGUGCCCAUGAGGCUCCUCGGUCUGGUCCUGCUCUGGGCGCUGGUGGCAGUGACUUCGGGGAAAAUUCCAGAUUCGCUGGUGAGACAGGCGGCCUCCUGCAUGAUGGUGUGCACAGGAUCAGCUGAUCCCCACCUCCCUGUGGGCACCAGAUACACCUAUCACUUUUCUACCAACACCAGUACUGGCCUGCAGGGAUACCCAAUGGAGGGAAGUGGCCUCGGUCUCCAAGGCUGGGUCAUCGUUGAUGUGCUUGGCCCAUGCCAGAUGGCCUUAUGGCUCCAAGAUUUCCAGGUGACAUCUAUCCUGGGGUCCAAGGUGGCAGUUCUGAGGGACUCAGAGAAUUUGAGCGCCGCCCUGGGCCGCCACCCGCUGCGCUUCGUCCUGCAGGCAGGGCGAGUGGCCCGCCUGUGUCCCCGCCGCGCAGAGCCUCGCUGGGCGCUGAACGUGAAGCGCGCGGUGCUGAGCCUCCUGCAGGGGCGCCCGGACGCCCGCGGCCCCCAGACCCUCGAAGAGGUGGACGUCCUGGGCAGGUGUCCCACCACGUACCAGCCACAUGGUGCGGGGCUGCGCAAGACCAAGGACCUGGCCCGCUGCUCCCUGCGCAGAGUGCGCUCCUCCCUGCGCUCCCAGGCCCUGCCCCGGGAGGAGGCUGGCCUGGCCUCCCACCUGACCUGCUUCCAGAGUUUCCAGGCUGGCGUGCUGAGUGUGGCCUCUUGCACGGAGCUGGACACCGUGCGGCCCCUCUCUGAGAAGGCAAGUGGGGUGCAGAUGCGGACGCUUUCCUCGCUCACCCUGCUGCGUGAGAUGUCCCUGGAUCCAGCCAUCACAGAUCCGGACGAUGGAGAUGUAACUCCAAGCAGCCUGUUGUACGAAUGGGAGGAAACACAGUCUCAGGCUACAGUGGUCACAGUGGCCGCAUCAGUGAGGAAACUCUGCCUGGCUCAGACCACGAGCUUUGAGGCCGCAGAACUGUUCCUGACGCUGGUGUCCGAGCUCCAGGGCCUCUCCUCAGAUGAGCUGAUGGCACUCUGGCGACAGUCUUCCUUUAAAUGCCGGGACAACUGGCAGCCGCUGGUGGAUGCCCUGCCCUCCUGUGGCACCGAGCCUUGUGUGGGCCUCAUGAAGGACCUCAUCGUGUCUGGGGAGGUGGAGGUGGACGAGAUGGAGGCGUGGCUCUGGUCGCUGGCCCUUGUCCCACAGCCCACGGAUGCCAUGGUCCACACGCUGCUGCCACUCCUGCAGACCUCGGGGGCCAGCCCCAGUGCCUUCCUUGGUAUCUCGGCCCUGGUGCACAACCUCUGUGCCUCCCUGGAUGGGCCCUGUGGACACCUGCCUGGCGUCAGCUCCCUCGUGAGGAUCCUGGGAGAGGCCUUGGGUGCCAACUGCACCUUCCAGGAGCCGUCGGACGCUGAGCAGCUCCAGCUCGUGCUGAAGGCGAUUGGCAACGCAGGCCUGGCGGUCACAGCUCUUACCCCCACACUGAGCACCUGUGCGUCCCAGAGGAGCUGCCCCCCUGAGGUCCGGCUGGGGGCCAUCCAGGCCUUCCGGAGGGUCCCCUGCUCUGCAGACCGAUCCGCGCUCUCCCGUCUGUACCAAAACCCUGAGGAGGAUGCUGAGAUCCGCAUCAACGCCUACCUGGCCCUGAUGAGAUGCCCUGGCGAGGAGGUGUUUGCGCAGGUGCGGUGGACCCAGGCAGCUGAGCGGUCCACCCAGGUGGGCUCCUUUGUGUGGAGUCACCUGAUGCAGCUGCUGGAGACCAGUGACCCCCUGAAGCGAGCUCUCCAGGAGGCCCUCCCUGAGGACAUCCUGAGUCGGAAGUUCCAGCCGGAGGCCUGGAAACACUCGUCCUAUUCUGAUGUCACGUUCCGCUCAGUGUCUGGCAGCCUGGGAGCCAACCUGGAGGGGACCCUUCUCUUUUCUCCAGCCUCCUUUCUCCCCCGUUCUGCCACGACUAACCUGACCAUCCACGCCCUAGGUCAUGCCUUCAACCUCCUGGAGCUUGGCCUCCGGCUGGAAAAUGCAGAGAAAAUCGUCCACAGGCUCUUUGGCGGGAAGUCAUUCUGGGGGCAGGAAGAGGAGAGAGAGGCCCAGCCAGAGAAAUCCCCAGAGCCAGAACCACCCACACCACAGGCAGCCAAUCCUGACUGUCCAGGAGAAAGGUCCGGAAAGAUGAGAGACCUGCAGCAGAAGGUGGCCCGGAGGCGCGCAGAGUGGCGGGCCCUGCGGUGUGAGCUGAGCGCGAAGGUGUUUGGGCACGAGCUGAGCUUCGUGAACUGUGGGGUCGUGGGGAGCCACGUGACACGCCAGUCCUUGAACCUGGCCGAGCUGUCAGUCAAGCUCCUGAAGGGGCAGGAGGUACAGGUGACCCGGAGGCUGAACCUGGCGGUGCAAGAGCUCACCUUUCCCACCAUAUCCGGCCUUCCAGCCCGGCUGACCCUCAAUGUCUCGGCCGCCAUCAGCGUCCGAGUCCGAGGGACUGCCGACUUCCAGCAGCAUCUGGAUUUCUCUGUGCAUGGCUACAUCAAGCCCAGUGCCCUGCUCCAGAUCUCGGCACAGAUGGGCACGAUGGGCGCCCUGGGGCAGGCUGGGCUGAGGUGGGUGACCGGCGUCCGUGGCACCGCCAGCCUGGAUGGUGGGAUCCACGUGAGGAAGGGCCGGGACCUCAAGGUGCAUCUCAACACUCCCGAGGAGGCCGUGGAGCUGCUCAGCUUCAGCUCUAAGCUGUAUCUCGUCACCGGGGAUGAUGUGAGGAGCUUCAGGAAUGUCCACCACCCUUCUGAGGCCCAAUCCUGUACUGACAAGAAAGCGUCCCACACCUGGGGCUGGCGGCUAUGUACAGAAGUCACCUGGCCGGCAGCUGGUCAGCCCUACCUGCUCUCAGUGCCUGUGUUCCUGGCUGUCACAUUGACGAAGCAGGACCGGGGCCUCCGACAGUAUCUGCUGGAAGCUGCCUAUACCUUCCAUUCCUGGAAGGACAGCUGGCUCCCUCAGGAAGCUUCGGUUCACCUCUUCAUGGGCACCCCCAAGUCAGAGGUGCCCAGGGAUGUCGGGGUGGAUGUCAGGUACAGCUUGCCCCAGGGGAAGUUCCGGCUCAAGCUUCUGCAUCCCAGGAAGAAAAUGCAGCUGGAUGGAAAGAUGGAGACUCUCCAGAGUGCCCGGGUGGGUCACCUGGAGCUGAUUCUGGAUGACAGGGACGUCUACUACAUUAAGGGCCGGAGCGACCUGUGGCCUGCAGCUGGGGGCGAGGCCCAGCGGUGUGAGGUCCAGCUGGAGGUGAAACUCGUGACAGCAGGGAAUCCUGUGGUCCUCAUGGGGAACCUCAGCCAGCAGACCGGCAGCAAGUUGGCCUUUUCCGUGUCACUGAGCAACCUGCUGAGCGACCAGGCCCACCUGUCAGUGCGGCUGGAGAAGGCAGUGGAGGACGGGCUGCAGGUGGUGGCCCUGGGUGGCGAGCUCUCUGUGCCCGGUUUCGUGGGACUGCACCUCGUGGGCAGGCUACAGAGGCACAGCCGCCUCUGGACCAGCUCCCUGAGGAUCAAGUACGGCCUUCUGGGUCAGGCGAGGCGGCUGGCCCAGGAGUGCAGCACCAUCCAGAGGCUGCGGGCACAUAGUGGCUCAGAGGUGACCUAUGAGCUGGAGCUGGACCACGAGCUCCACUGCACGCAGACCCCAGCACUCAGCCACAAGGUUCAGCUGCGGCACGAGGAGGGCUUGGGCUCCCUGCACUCACAACUGGAGGCGAGCUACGGGAUGCGCUGGAAUGACAGCAGCAAUAAGAGGAAGCUCCGCAUCAGCCACACCUUGCAGAACGACUCGGGUCCAGCCCUGAGCAAUUACUUCAUGGAGUUUGUGCUGCAGGUGCCUGAGAGGCAGGUGGAUUACCGUAUGCAGCUGUAUCACUCAAGCCUUCGCCAGCCACACGUGGAGAGCAGCACACACCUGAAGGUGCAGUACAAUGGGCGGCUGCCCUUUGUGGCAGGCUUGCAGUGGAAGGACACGUCUCGAGCUACCCUGUGGAAGUGGGAAGGAGCCUUGAACAUGGAUAGUCCAUGGCUGACGGUCUCCGCGGCUCACAGGCUGGACUGGCCACGCCGACCCAUGUUCCAGGCUGUCCUGGAGAUGACACUGGGCAAGGCCUGGACCCUCAAGAACCUGGUGAUGAACGUGGCCUACAGGAACCAGGGCCUCGACAGGGAGGGCAAGAUCCACGUCUACACCCCGGCUACCACGUACCUCCGGGUAUCCACGGUGACAACGUUGGCCCAGAGCCUCUUCCGCAGCCGGAGUGAAGUAGAAUCAGCCUGGAGCGCCGCAGUGUGGAGCGAGAUCCACGCAGAGAACAGCCAGGACCUUAAGACGCUUCACUGCUGGUUGAAGGGCCCCCUGCAGGAGUUGAACCUAACGGCCGCCUACAGGCAUAUGGAGCAGCCCCAGAAGACUCACAUGUCGCUGACGGCUCUGGUGACCAGCACCAGGGGCCAGCCUCAGGGCCUGGAGUUGGAGGGCAAGCUGGAGGAGGUGACACGGGACAGGAGCUUGUACCAGAAGCGGGGGACCUUCCUCCUCAGGCACGCCUUGCCUCUGCCCAUCCCGCAGAGCCUCCUCCUGCAGGAGACCUUCACAGCGGAUAGGCAACACCAGCGAUGCUCCCUGGAAACUAGGCUCGUCCUGAACGGCCAAGAGGAGACCCUGCAGACCGUAGUCCUGGGCUACCAGGCCGGACACCCCUACGUCUGCGCAGGCCUGACCCACCCAUAUGACGGCAAGGCCGUCCCCAGGAACGUGGAGGGGUGCGCCGUUGCUUGGAGCCAGCAUGCCGCUCAGAACAGGGAGGUUGAGGCCACUUUGAAAGUCAACCAGAAAGUCAUGCUGCACCUAAAGGGUCUGCACCGUGACCAAUCUCAGCAUGGGGACAUCUGGCACAGCCUGGCCCUGGACGCUGCUCACGCCUCCCAGCUGAGGCUCCCCCAGGCCCUGCGUUUGGAUGGGGAUGUCAUCUUCAGAUGGGGUCCCCGGGGAGCAUUUGACUGCAGCCUGGACACAAGGGCCACCAUCAACCACAACAUCACAUCCCAGGUCUCAGUCCAGCUGAACAGAUCUGACUCCCACUUGGCGUUCCUCCUCCAGCUCAGACAUCCCCACAGACCAAGAUUUCCUCCAGACUUACAGGUGCAGGUGGCUGCCCAACGAUACAAAGACAGCCUCAGCGGCUCCCUGUCUGUGCACAUGUCCAACCGGGAGCUGGUUCUGCUGGAGGCUGACACCAGCCAGGACACCCAGAGACGCAGCCGGGGCUGGGACAUGAGCGUCCUCCUCCACCAGGCAGUCCUCAGCGCCCCCCAGGCCAUUCAGCUGCAGCUGUCCAGCAAGGUGGCCCCAACCAGGAUUUGGCUGUUUUAUAAGGUGCUGGUGGACCAGAACACAGCACAGCUUCUCCUCAAGGCUUCCAUGGAGAAGAGGGGAGGCCAGGUCUUGACCCUGCAGAGCCAAGUCCAGCACACGGUGGCUUGUUGGACAGCUCUGCCCCGCCUCCUGACCCUCAAGGGCAUGCUGAAGCAGAAGGAGAUGCUCAAAGAGGGAACCGUCAGGAUCACUGCUGACUCAGCUGUGCUGGGCUUCCUCCUGCGGGACAAGCAUGAGAAGGCAGGGAACAGCACCAGCGUGCACAGUGUGACGGGCAUCCUCCCCCAGAAGAGCAGCCAGGCCUUGCCAAGAGAGCUUUUGCUGAGAGGGCGACUGCAGGCCCGGCCGGGGAGCCUCGGGGGCCAGGCCCGCCUCCGAGCCCACUUGGCAAGCCUGGCUCUGGGCGGGGUCUGCACCUGGGGCCCUGGGCGUGGCCAGCUCUCAGGCAGCCUGAGCCACAACAUCAGCACCUUGAGUGAGGCAGGACUCCCCUCGGAGGCAGAGAUGCUCUUGUCACACACCCACGGGGCUUCCAACCUCUCCGCGAGCCUGGCACUGCGGAGUGCGUGGGGUCAGCUGGACGCUGCCCUCGGCCUGGACGGCCCGGCCCCCGGCGCCCCGGGCAGCAGGCUCCGCGCCAGCCUGGCCCACACGAUGCCCAGCCUCGGGCGCUGGGGCCUCCCCUUCUCCGUGGACGGCCAAGGUCACUUCCAGAGCACGGGACACCGCGUGGCGGCCGGGCUGACGGCGAGCGUGGACAGCGAGCAGCUCCGCGUGGCCCUGGAGGCGAGGCGACAGCGCGGCCACCACGGGCUAGCCCUGGAGCUGCACCACGGCCUCUCGGCACUGCUGGGCACCGUGCCCGCGCGGCUCAGGGUCGGCUGUGCUGGAGACGCCUGGCCUGCCCAGCUGUCAGGGCUCUGCUGGGGGGACUUCGCCAGGCAGCCUCUCGAGGCCUCUGUGGACGUUCCCAGCAGCGGCUCCAGCUUUGAGCAUUCUGGACGCAUCUUGGCAGGGCCCACGUCCCUGAACUACUCCGUGAGCUGUUAUCACCGUGCUGGGCACCUGCAGCUUGCUGGCUGGAGUGAGCACAACAGCGUGAGCCUGUUGCAGGCCGGGCUCCCGGGCAAGGCCCGCCUGAGCGCCAAGCUGCAGGCACACGAGACCCAGACCCGGGCCAGCGUGGCCCUCCACGGAGGGGAUGGUGGUGUCAGCGUGGACGUGGCAGGCCUGGUGUCCUGGCCGACAAAUGGCUCCUUGGAGCUGGUGGUGAACGCCAGCCACACGGCCCCUGCUCUCCAGAGGCUGGGCCUGCCCUUGACCAGCCAGCUCGUGUUCCAGAAGCUCUGGGCAGAGGAACAGAUGUGCUCUUCCCUACGGCUGACCUGUGAUUCUCAAGCCAGCCUGGUCCUCGACAUGUGUGGCCAGAGCCAGGCGCUCCGCAAAGAGCUGCGGGUCUCCGGCCGGCACCACCUCCCCAUCCUCCUGGGCCGCUGCCCCAGCAGAGCCUCGGCCUCAGCCAAGCUACAGUACUCGGAGCAUGAGGCCGAGAGCAUGAUCUUGGCGGUGGAGGAGCAUCAUUUCCACGUGGGCACCAGGCUGGUGACUGCAAAGGCCAGUGUCACCAACAUCAUCAAGCUGGAACAGACCUUCCCCCAGUUCAGCAUCCUUCCUAAGGAGCUGGUCCUGCAGACCUUGUACGAGAGAGCCCGUGGGACCCACACUCUGCACCAGACAGUUUUGUGGGAUGACCAGGAGGCGGUCCUCAACGGAAGCCUCUCCGAGCCCUUCCCCAGGCCCGCUGGGAACCUCAGCCUCCAGGCAGAGCUCAGCCACCCGCUGUCCCCGCCGUGGCGCGGCAGCCUCCGCCUGUCCUGCGAGCACUCACCACGGGAACACCGGGGCGACCUGGCCGUGGGCUGGGAUGGCAAGGACCAGGUGGUGGUCUUGUCCUCUCUGCAGCUGGGGAAGGGCAGGCUGGCCGCCCGCCUGGCCCUGGCUCACCCCUUCAACCUCUCCUGGUGGCACAUCGAGGCCAGAGGCCUGGCUGAGGGCAGGGGUGGCCAGCAGAGCGGGCAGGUCCAGUUGGCCUGGGACAGAGGGCAACCCGUGACCUUGCACCUCACCUGGACCAACAGGUCCUCGGAGUUCAAUACCAUCUGGGAUGGCUGCCUGGCCGCCUCCCCGGGGCAGCUCCAGGAAAUUUGGGGCCUGAGUGCCCUCCGGGCCUGUGGGGCCUUAACACAGACCUUGGCCGUGUUCAGCGAGCAGCUCGAUCUAUCCUGGGACCGACGCCGGGUGCAGCAGAACCUGACAUAUGAGAGGCAUUGGCCAUCCCAGGCAGACAGGAUCCACGCCGAGGCCGUGCUCGAGCACAUCUUCACCGGCUCCUGCACCACGCAGAGCUUCCAGGGCGAAGUGGAGACCGACUACACCCACCGGCUGCACCAUUCCCUGCACCUGGGGCUCUGCGACCUGCCCAGGGCUUUCUCAGUCUCUGGGGAACACACCCUGGGUCACAAUGGGUUUCCUGCUGUAUUCCCGCUGCCAGAUGGGCCUCGCCCGGACCCAGACCAUGGCCUGCACCUCAGGCUGACCCUCUACAACCACAGCAAGCCUCGGGCACCAGACUUCUCCGGGGAGCUGGAGAUCCUCAGCCCCAAGGCUCAGCAGCUUGGCCUGCGGGGCCGGGUCUCCACCUCGGCUUCUCGGGGCAGCGUCCAGCUAGAGGGAAUUGUGGACGAUGGGGACGAGAAAGUGAGGCUGUCAUUGUCCCGGGCCCAGAGCUGCCUCCAGGCCGCUAUGACCCAUGAGGAAGGGAGCCGAGAGGAGAGCGUGGUGCUGCGGGCAUGCGCCCACAGGCGAACGGCCGAGGUGGAGGCCCUGGUCCAGGAUGGCGGGCAGCCCGUGCAGCCCCUGGCACGCCUCAGCCUGCAGGCUGCCAACCAGAGUCUCCGCCUGGAGGCACACGGCUGCCCGGGAACCCUGCUGGACCGCGUGGAGUCCAGGAUGGCAGCCAUUGGGGCCCAGGUGGGAGCCCAGCUGGAGAAGAAGAUCCGAGGCUUGGAUGCCUACGUGGAAAGGUUCCGGCACCUGGUGCGGCCGGCGGGCACCCUGGACAGUGUGGUGGGCCCCCUCCUGCAGUUGUGUCACAGGGGACUGGGAGCCAUGGUGGCGAGUGGCCGGGCGGUGGCCGUGCCGUGGGGCCAGGCCAGGCAGGCGCUGACACACCACUUGCCCCCCUACCUGGAGAGACUACGGGCGGGGCUGGAGCAGCUGCAGAACGAGCUGGAACGGCCCCUGGCCACACUGAAGGACGCCUACCUGGAGGUGACCCCACAGCCCCUGGACGAGGUGUGGCGGGAACGGGCAGAGGAGGCCGUGCGGCUGUGGCGGGCCCUGGGGCGCAGGCCCAUCGGGGCAGCCAUGGAGCUGGCCGCCCACCAGAUGCUGUCUUGGGCCGAAACCACUUUGUCCCAGGCCCUGCGGAGGCUCUGUAAGCCCUUGCUGGCCCUGUACAGCUUCUCAGCCAGGACCCGUUCGGUGCGGGUGACUUUGCCGCUGCUGCCAGCGGGGGAACGAGCCCCUGGCUGUGGCCCGACCCCCGCCCCCAUGUGGGCUGCCCCAGGGGUCACAGGCCAGAAAGGCUCCGGCCACCCUGGAGUACCCCCUGCCCUCAGGGCCCCCAGGGCAGUGGGCAGAGCUGGCCCAUCUUACCUGCCCUGGGCUUGCUUCUUCCCAGACCAUGCUGUGGUGGCCGGGGCCAGGUAUGUGGUGACUUUUGAUGGCCAGGUGUGGAGCCUGGGUGUCCACUGUGGCCGUCUGCUGCUGGCCAAGGACUUCGCCCACGACACGUUCGCGCUGACGCUGAACCGCGCCCGCUCGGGGCUCCUGUCCCUGUCCGUGGAGCUGAACCGCACCACCCUGGUCCUCUACCCGAGCCUGAAGACCUACAGGCUGUAUGAUUCCUCCUCGCCUACGGAGAGCUGUCCACACGUCGAUCUGCCUCCUGCCAAGACGAGGAGGGGUGUCCCCAGGAUUGAGCUGACCAGUGAGGAUGGCGUCUCUGUCACCUGUGAUGUCCGAGCUGGUCUCUGCAGCCUGACUCUGGGCCUCUGGCUCCAUGGGGUGUCUGCGGGCCUUCUGGGCACCAAUGACAAUGAGGCGGGCAAUGAGCUGAUGUUGCCGGAUGGCACAGUGGCCCAGAGCCUGGAGGAGGCUCCCCUCGCCUGGCAGGUGGGUGGUGACUGCAGGGCCAUGGAGAAAACUCAGGAGUGCCCAGGCUGGAGCCCCACCUGCUGGGCCUUCUUCCAGGACCCCCGUUCCUGCCUGGGGAACUGCUUCAGGGUGGUGGACCCUAUGCCAUUCCAGCUGUGCAUCCAGGACACCUGUGGUACCCAGGAGCUCCACCCUGCCUGCAACCUGGCAGCCGCCUAUAUCCACUUGUGUGCCCGGGGCUUCGUGCCCCUGGACCCUCCUCCACAGUGUGGGAAGCUGGAGGGAUGA